UCAUCCUCGUCAAUACUCAUCCCUCCCCCUCGUCGCUCCUCAUCGCACCGACGAUGGCCAGGCGUCUCUGUGGACGCUUUUAGACGGAGCCAUGGGGAAUGUUUGGGACGCGCAGACGGCCGUUUGAGAGAGGAUGGAUUCAUACGGAGGUGGUCUGAGGAGGGGAGUCUCUUGUGUGGUGGGCUUACUACACGAGUCUGCGUGACGGGACUUCAACCAGCAACAACAGCGACAAGAACAACAACAUGGCAAAAGUCAACAGUGAAAUCUCCUUUUCAACCCGACGCCGCCUGUCCAGUCACACGUCCGACGAGGAGCUGGCUGUCAUCGAAAAUGGAGAUGGCAGGGCUUGCCGUCUUUGUGACGACAACACCGGGAAGGCGCUGUCCUCCAAGUCCAGCAGACAUGCUUUCACUGGUCCUGGGGCAAUGGCCAGGCUCUCUUACUUCUUCUACAUGCUGCGCAGUUGGGCUUUUAACCGAAUGAACCCGGAGGUCACGGAAAGGCACGACUCCUUCCUGGAACGCUUCCGAGGCCCGGAGCUCAAAGACGCGUCCAGCCGGGACAGCAACGCCCACUCUCUGGGCGCCAACGACCCCCUACACAGGAAGAACCUCGCCAGUAAGUGGCCGCUAGCUACUUACAACAUCAACAACUGCAACAACACAGACGACAAAAAGGAGGACAAGAAAGAGGUUAAAAAAGACGAGAAGAAGGACGGGGACAAGAAAGAAGACGAGAAGAAGGAUGAUAAAAAGGACGAGAAAAAGGAUGAUAAAAAGGACGAGAAAAAGGAUGAGAAAAAAGAUGAGAAAAAGGACGAGAAGAAGGACGAGAAAAAGGAUGACAAGAAAGACGAUAAAAAAAAGGAGGAACCCCCGAAGGAGAUCUGGGUCAUGGACCCGGCUGCAGACAUGUACUACAGGUGGCUCACUGUCAUCGCCGGACCGGUCUUUUAUAACCUCAUGAUGAUCGUUACCAGAGCCUGUUUCAAUGAACUCCAGGAGCGCUUCACCAGACUCUGGAUAUUCCUGGACUACACCUCAGACUUCAUCUACUACACAGACACCUUCGUCAGGUCGAGAACAGGUUACCUGGAACAAGGCCUGCUGGUGAAGGACAGCAAGAAGCUGCGGAGCAAAUACAGAACCACCUCUCAGUUCAAGUACGACAUGAUUUCCAUGAUCCCCACCGAUCUGCUCUUCUUGAAAUACGGCUUCAACAACCCCGAGUUCCGCUUCAACCGCCUCUGCAAGAUCUCCAGGCUUUUCGAAUUCUUCGAGAGGACAGAAACCAGGACCAGCUUCCCGAACAUGUUCCGUAUCAGCAAUCUAGUAUUGUACAUCCUCGUCAUCAUCCACUGGAACGCUUGCAUGUUCUUUGCCAUCUCCAAGACCAUCGGCUUCGGGUCGGACACUUGGGUGUAUCCCAACAUUAGCCACCCGGAGUAUGGCCGCCUGACCAGGAAGUACAUCUACUCGCUCUACUGGUCCACACUGACUCUCACCACCAUCGGGGAAACGCCCCCACCGGUGAGAGACGAAGAGUACCUCUUUGUCAUCGCCGACUUCCUCACCGGCGUGCUGAUCUUCGCUAGUAUCGUCGGUAACGUCGGCGCCAUGAUCUCCAACAUGAACGCCUCCCGGGCCGAGUUCCAGGCCAAGAUCGACUCCAUCAAGCAGUACAUGCAGUUCCGCAAGGUCAGCAAAGACCUGGAGGCCAGGGUCAUCAAGUGGUUUGACUACCUGUGGACGGAGAAGAAAACCUGCGACGAGAAGGAGGUUUUGAAGAACCUACCGGACAAGCUCAAGGCCGAGAUCGCCAUCAACGUCCAUCUGGAUACGCUGAAGAAAGUGCGGAUUUUCCAGGACUGCGAGGCUGGACUUCUUAUCGAGCUGGUGCUCAAGCUGCAGCCUCAGGUCUUCAGUCCUGGUGAUUACAUCUGCAAGAAGGGAGACAUUGGCCGGGAGAUGUACAUCAUCAAGGAGGGGAAACUGGCCGUGGUGGCCGACGACGGAGUCACUCAGUUUGUCGUGCUCAGUGACGGCGCCUACUUUGGGGAGAUCAGCAUUCUGGGCAUCAAGGGCAGCAAGGCCGGGAACAGGCGAACCGCCAACAUCAGAAGUGUCGGUUACUCUGACCUCUUUGCCCUCUCCAAGGACGACCUUAUGGAGUCGCUCACCGAGUACCCCGAGGCCAAGAAGGCCCUGGAGGAGAAGGGCAAGGCCAUCCUGAUGAAAGACAACCUCAUCGAUGAGGCGGUGGCCAAUGCCGGUGCCGACCCCAAAGACCUGGAGGAGAAGAUCGGCAAGCUGCAGGACAACUUGGACGUCAUGCAGACCAAGUUCGCCAAACUGCUGGCCGAGUUCACCUCCAGCCAGACCAGGAUGAAGCAGAGGGUCACGCAGAUGGAAGCCCAGGUUAAGGGCAUCAAACCCGAGGACCUGACUGAGGUGUUGGCCGACAAGGACAAGAAAGUUCAAUAACACCCGAGAAACGCCUCAAUGACGUGGAAUUGUGUAUGCACGGCUUGUAACCUUCACGUCCACUUGUCUCCAAUACACAAACCCCACAAUACUGACUUUAUUCUACCCCAAAAUCCCUCAAAAUGCAUGAAAAGCCCAAAUAUGGACACCAUCGCUGUUCAUUGCUAACCUUUAAAGUAGUGCAGAGCCCUUCUUUCCUCCUGCAGCAAUACAUUGAUACUGUUUGAUACUGUACAUACCAAUGUGUAAAAUACUCAUCAAAUACUCGCUGUAUUUGUCUACACUUGUCUAUCCUUUUGUAGAUAAAAUAAAACAUUACCACACAUGUUUUGUUUUAUCUCAGCCGCCCGGGAUGUUUGUUUGAGGGAUUUCACACACACACAAAAAAAUGCACGAGCGCGCUCCUUCAACCUUUGCGGAAGCGUCGCUUUUGUACCAAGCAAGAAAAACUGGGGUGAAGAUCCUGAUAAAGGUGCGCAUACGAGAAUGUAUGUUCACUCUUGCCAUCAGUGUCCACUUGCACUGGGGCCAAGUAGGGCGGUGCCCCGUCAUAUCCAGUAGAUGGAGCUGAAUAUGAAGGUUUAUUUGUUUAUUCAUUACCAAAGCUUUUUUUAGACACUGAAAUCAUGUAAAUGAAUUUUUUUGUGCUAGAAUUUGGGAACAGAUUUUUUUUUUUACAUCAUUUUAUGCUGAAAAUUUCACUGAAUAAAAUUUGUUGAAGGAAAAAUGCCUGUGAUUUCAACUGAUUGAAAUGCAGACUUAAAAAAAAUCUGUUUGCUAAAUACGGUGUUUGAAAAUGGAGUUUACAGAAAUUCAUUUGAUUACUUUUGGAUGAUUUGAUUUUCCAAGAACAAACAGAGUUAAAGAAAAAAUAUGACAAACAAAACUGAAUAAAGUUGUAAUUCUUGGGAAAUUAGGUUGGGGAAAAACUAUAUAUAAAACUAUUAUGGGAAUAAAGUCAUAAUAUUACAAAAACAACAUUUAUAUGAGAAGUAAGUUAAAAUAUUUGGAGAAUUUAAAAAACAGCAGCAAAUCCUGGAAAAAAGCAAUAAAGUCCAAAUAUAACGGGUAUGACGGGCAUAAUAUUACGAAAGGAAAAUGUAGGAUUAUUUAUGAAGAAAGCUGAAAUAUUUAAAAAAUAAAUAAAUUAAAACAACAGUAAAAGAUCAACUUUCCUCUUUUUUCACAUUUUUGCUGUUUUUUUUUUGUAAUUUUAGAAAUAUUUAAACUUUCUUCUCAAACUGUCUAAUAUUACGACUUGAUUUCCAUAAUAUUUUGACUUUAUUUCCUUAAUAUUAUAAUUUUUUCCCCAACCUAAUUUUCCAAAA